GAGCAUUCCCAGUAAUAAGUUGGCUUAAAUUUGAUGUUUGGCAGUUGCAAUAGUUGAAAAUGUUAGUCAACAAAAUCAUCAGCCUGAGUUGUAUUACAUAGACAUCUAAAUCAAUGUAAAUAUCGGGACAAUAUAAUACAAUAAUUCAAUAUACCCAUUUUUUCUUAGCACUACUGAGUAAGAAUGUUAUGUAGAGGCGACAUAGGUCGCAUAGGUGUAAUAGGUAAGGUAAGUUAAAAUAUCCUAUCCACAGAACUAAAAAUGCCGGCAUGUCUGCGCUCCCUUAGCCCCAGAUGCUUUCGGCAGUUACUGCGCCAACAGGGUCGUCAUCUGGGAUCGUACAGCAAGGCGGUGGUGAUUGCGGCAGCCGUAAGGACACCGAGUGCUCCCUUUCGAGCGGAGGAGCAGCGACUGGCGGGCCUGGUGGUGGACGAACUGGUCAAACGCACCAGCGUGCCACGCGAGGAGUACAACAAACUGAUUGUUUGCUCCUCCCUUAAGACCCCCGCUUCAGAGUGCAGGAAUCGGCUAUCCAGCGUGGCCCAGGAGUUGGGACUCAAGUGUGAGACUCUAGCCUUGCAGGACGACGUCUGCUCCAUCAGCGGUCUGCAGAUGACGCUGGACUGCCUGGAGCGUGGCGAAGACCAGUGUAUUAUUACGGGGGACACCCGGUGCCAGGUUGUCCAGCCGGAGCACGGCGUUCUGUCCAACGAGCUUAUGGCCGUGCAGCAGCCCCGGACUCGCAAGCAAGCUGGAACUGAAUUGUCCACUGAACCUGAGCUGAUGCCCACGCUAGGAGCCGCUGCUUUGGCCUGGACUACUUUGCAGACGGCCCAGCGUCUAAACCUGCAACCUCUCGCCCUGCUACGGGAGUUCGCAGUAGAGCAGGAUCACGAGCAGGCUAUGUACCGCCUGGAUGGAAGAGAACCCGUGACGCCCAGUGACAUUUACACAUGGAACAUGGUGACAGGCACGCAGAAGGGAAUACCGGAAAGCAUACUUGGGGAUCUACAUACCAACCGCCUGUGCACGCAUGACUUCAAACAAAUCACGGCCAGCCACCUGCUAACGCAUCUGGUCCAUUCUCUUCCUGCAGGCGGGCUGGGUUGCGCCUUUAUGGGGACAACGGAUGGCCGCUCCAUGGCCAUGGUCCUUGAGAAGCUGGUGCCCAGCAUAGAUCAGGUGGAGGGCCUUCCAUUGCUUACUUUGUAUACCAGGGAGCCGUGUCCGCUGUGCGACGAGCUAGUCCAGCAGUUAGAACAGAGCUUUGCCGGCAGAUACCGUCUGGAGAAGGUUUACAUCGAUCAGAAGGAAAACGUUAGAUUCCUCCGCCUAUUCAGGCAUGACAUUCCUGUUCUGUUCUUUAACGGCCAGUUCCUAUGCAUGCAUCGGCUUAACGAGGAAGCUCUAAUAGAGCGACUGGAGGCACUAAACUAGACAAACGAUCGUUGGAAAUAUUGUAAACAAACAAAAUUUCAGUCAGUUACAAGAAAAAUCUCUAACUUAAGCUCUAGUCAAUUUUUUUUUUUUUGAAUAUGGGCAUGCAUAUUGCGUAUACUUUUUAUUAAGUACUGUUGGACUUUCAUAUUAUAAUCCUUUGAAUUUAUAUUUUCUAUUGCAAAGCCAUUAUAGAUGGUAUAUUGGGAGAUUAAAAUAUUUCUCCCAUAGGCUUGAUUGUAAUUUCGUGAACCUGAGGAGAGUGAAUUAAAUUGGCUUAUAUAGUAAUA